CUGAAGUUCUCAAGAACGGCUGCCGACACAAUCAGUAUGGCCCAGACCGCCGCAGAGUGUAUGUCGGCAUGCAGUCACUCUAACCGUUCUAAGAUUACGAAGAUACUCUCGACGUGACGACCCCGAUCAUGGGUCCCAAAUCUGUGAUUUUCGGCGAAAGAACUAAUAGUGAUUUUAGUGACAUCAACGCCACGGUUGCCCUAGAGCGUCGUCUAGAAAUGAGUACUGAGUUUUUUCUAGUGCCUAGCAGCAGCACCCCUAGCACGACAACAGUUAGUUACAUAUCAAAAACUCCUUGUGCGGGAUGUCCCCUAGGGACUGACAAACUAGUGGGCAUAUUUAGAAAUGAAGUUUGGGUGAUUCCUGUGUUGGCCCUAUCCGCUAUAACUAUGAUACUUAUAUUGGGGUUUGAAGUGUUUGUUCUGUGCAAAGCGUGGCGAAGUACACCCAGUAGAAGGCACCUUUUCUUGGGACAGAUGCUCCUGUUAGGACUAUUUUCUUGUGCGGGACUUUCAGCUGUUUUCGCAGCUUCGCCUACGCAAUUGACAUGUGCCAUUGUUCGCUUUGGUACAGGGGUUGCUUAUGCUAUAGUUUUUGCUUCCCUUUUAGUGAAGUGCGUAUUUUUAAUUAGUUUAAAUGGAGGAGUGUACCUACCAGCCCCAUAUCAGGGACUUUUAUUACUGUUCGCUAUUUUGAUACAAGUAGCUAUAGGGGUUCAAUGGUUAGUGACGAAUCCACCGUUCGUAGAUGAUGUCGCCGUAGAAAUGGUAAUAAAUCAAAACAAACACAAACUUUUACUCACUGUCGAAGAUAUUAAUAACCCUGUUUUGAUAACGUUAUGUCGCACUCCUUACGCAGAUAUGCUUCUUUCACUAAUCUAUGUUGUUUUUCUCGUUAUUUUUGUGACUAUAUUAGCAGUGAAAUCGAGAGGCAUAAGAGACAAUUACCGCGAAGCUACUUAUAUCGGACUUUCUGUGGGGUGCAGUGUCCCCACUUGGUUGGUUUGGACCAUGAGCGGGUUUGUUGUUAACGAACGACAUAAAGAUGCAUGUAUUGCUUACGGACUGGUUAUAUCUUCUAUGAUUAUUUUUCUCAUUAUGUUUAUGCCGAAAGGCAGACAAUUGGCUGCCAUUGGCAAGGAGGGGGUCUAUGUGGAGGAUAGAGAAGAACGUUUCAGCACUUUGAGUCGAGCUGCAUCAGGAUACUCACCUUCUUUCUUUCAUUUUAAACCAAUCAAAUAUGGAUUGGGACAUUAUGGAACAUCAAAUAAGGAACAUAAUACUAUAACAACUUUAGGUGGAGGUGGAAUAUUUCUGCGACCCGAUGACGGAAAUGUAUAUACAACGCUAGAACCCACACUGAGCAGUAACCCGAACGUGUACUUUCAAAGAGGAAAUGGAAUGCAUCCUGGAAUGAUGUACUGAAUGAAAAAUCACGAUGACAAUGAAGACAAUCAGUAUCUGGUUACUUAGUAUUUAUCGCGCUUGAUAAUUAUUUAUUGAAUGGACUCUAGUGUGUGAAAGAAAAGGUCAAGAUAAAGACCGUUAUAUUACAAUUAACAGAAUUAUGUUAGAACUGUUCGCUGUACAUAGUUUAUUAUAACGUAAUUUUUAAAUAAUUAGUUUAAAUGUCUAAAUUGGAAUUAUUAGAUAGCUUACUUGACCAUACUGUAUUUUAUUUGUACUUAUAAGCAGAAGGUGGA